GUUUUUAAACCAAACGGCAACUAAGCCUUUUUUCAUAAGGCUGCCGCCGCCGCACUCCGCCUCCUAAUCGCAAUGUCUUUCGCCGCAGUUCAAUUCAACUCCGCAACCGGCGGAGGCGUCGCUUCUAAGACGAAGUCCACUCUCCCCCUUCCCUGCCGGAGCCGCUACAUUUCUCAUCGAAAAUCCAAUCCGCCGCCAUGCCUGCUUCAAGGCCGCCGCCGCCGCAGCCGCCUCCUCCAAAUCAGAGCAAUCGACGCCGCCCAGCCGUAUGACUACGAGGCAAAGAUCUCGAACGAUAUAAUCCAGUCUACCAAGCUGAAAAUCGCCGUAAUAGGAUUCGGAAAUUUCGGCCAAUUCCUCGCUAAGGCUUUCAUCCGCCAAGGCCACACCCUGCUGGCGUAUUCUCGGACCGAUUACUCUCUGGCGGCGCAAUCACUCGGCGUUUCCUUCUACUCCGACAUGCAUGACCUCUGCGAGCAGCAUCCUGACGUCAUCCUCCUCUGCACCUCCAUCAUCUCCACCGAGCCGGUCCUCCGCGCGCUUCCAAUCCAGCGACUGAAGCGGAAUACCCUCUUCGUUGAUGUAUUAUCGGUGAAGGAAUUCCCUAAGAACAUAAUGCUUCAAUUGCUACCUUCACACUUCGAUAUUCUCUGCACUCACCCCAUGUUCGGGCCGGAAAGCGGGAAGAAUGGCUGGUACGGAUUGCCAUUUGUGUUUGAUAAGGUUCGGAUAGGCGAUGAGGAUUCUAGGGUUUCAAGAGUCGAGAGUUUUCUCGAUAUUUUCGAGAAGGAAGGUUGUAGAAUGGUGGAAAUGAGCUGUGCUGAGCAUGAUAAGCACGCUGCCGGGUCACAGUUCAUGACGCAUACGGUGGGGAGGGUGUUGGAGAAGCUGCAACUGGAGACUACGCCGAUUAACACCAAGGGGUAUGAGACAUUGUUGAAUUUGGUAGAGAAUACUGCCAGUGAUAGCUUUGAUUUGUACUAUGGAUUGUUCAUGUACAACAAGAAUGCCAUGGAGCAGCUUGAGAGGCUUGACUUGGCAUUUGAGUCCUUGAAGAAGGAGUUGUUUGGCCAUUUGCAUGAGAAGUUGAGGAAGCAGUUGUUUGGGAAGGUGGAAGAAGGAGCAGGGGAGCAGCUUAUUUUGACAAAGUUGCCCAAGAAUGGCCAUUCACUGCCAGCAUCUUCUUCGGAGAAUUUGAGAAAUUAAUGGAACCUUUGAUAGUGGUUCCUUGCGCUUGGUGCAAGAAUGACUUCCCACUGCUGAUUCAACGAAGCUGGGUGCACAUAUUUUUGACACUUAGAAGUAAAGAACCAUCCAUCUUUCAAGAUUUGCUGUGCUUCUUUCAUGGCAAACUCUGCUUCAUCUUCUGUGGUGUUGACCAGGCUCUGGAUGGGGGUUGACUGGCAACAGGGAAAGCCUGUUCAAAAUUACUCCCUUAAUCCCUUUUUAAUGAUUCAAUUGUCAUCUCUACAAUUUUAGUUAUUCUAUUGGACUUUAAGGUAAAACUGAUAUAAGCAAGAUGAGUUGAAAGGUAUUUUUGUUUAAUUUUAUUAGCCUUCUCUUCA